CCAGCGCGGCCCAGCGAAGAGGAGGAAGAGGAGAUCUCACUUCCGAGAGCGCGUAUGGGUUCGCACGUCACAUCUAGAGCUACGCUCCCAAUCGCCCUGAAGUUCCUUUUCAGACCAUGUCAUGGGCAACUGUAACYGCUACAUCCUGCAAGUCUGGCCGAUUGCUGCCCUGCGCAGGGCCGGGUUUCCCCGUGCUCUUGUUUGCCAGUCAAGGUUGCUCCUGCACUAGUGUCCUAAGGAGCAAAGCUAGGCGUGAGGCACUCUUCAGAAAAGCAGGGGAUUCGGGCCAGCCAUGUCAGCAGCCGAACAGGUUUCACGGCUCUCUGACUCUGUGGGCCUCUGUUACUAGUCACCCCAGGAACUCUUGACGUGCAACGUUGAUGUUGAGCGUUUUGUGUUUCAAGGUUUUGAGGAAAAUGCAGAGACGGCACAGCAGCAACACUGACAGCGUUCCCCCUGAAAGGAACCGGAGCCAAACCGUCAGCUCUGAAGCCAGUGUGGAUGAAAGUGGCGUCUUUGAGAGUCUCAAGGCAGAAGCUUCCUCGCCCCAGCAGUUGUUCUCAGGCCUCGCAGGGAUCCCCUCGGGCGCCAUCGCAGCCGCCCCGUUCCAGGCGGGUUUGGUUCUGGGCUCCUCGGCGGGCGGAGGGGAAGUUUUCAUUCAGAUGCCAGCCCCACGGGAGGAAGGCACGAGCCGUGUGGAAGGAGCCCCCUUUCACCACCGGCAGCAGCCCCCUCAUUUCCACCACGGCCAUCACCGGGGCUCGUCCCUGCUGCACAUGGCCGGAGGCGACCGCCACGGGCACGCGGAGGAGGGCGGCGAUGAGCAGGCCGGCACGCCGGCCCCGGCUCUUUCGGAGUUAAAAGCUGUGAUCGGGUGGUUGCAGAAAGGCCUUCCAUUCAUCUUGAUCCUCCUGGCUAAAGUUUGUUUCCAGCAUAAGCUUGGGAUUGCUGUGUGCAUUGGAAUGGCCAGCACAUUCGCAUACGCCAACUCAACCCUCCGGGAGCAGGUUGCUUUAAAGGAGAAGAGGUCGGUGUUGGUUGUCUUCUGGAUCCUGGCCUUUCUCACCGGAAACACCUUCUAUUUGCUCUACACAUUCAGCUCACAGCAACUGUACAACAGCCUUAUAUUUUUGAAACCCAACCUUGAGAGGCUGGACUUCUUUGACCUAAUGUGGAUUGUGGGAAUCACAGACUUUGUGCUGAAGUAUCUCACCAUUGCGCUGAAAUGCCUAAUUGUUGCCCUUCCUAAGAUCAUUCUGGCCGUCAAAUCAAAGGGAAAGUUUUAUUUGAUUAUUGAAGAGCUGAGCCAGCUGUUCCGCUCCCUUGUCCCAAUCCAGCUGUGGUAUAAAUACAUCAUGGGAGAUGAUCCAUCAAGCAGCUACUUCYUAGGGGGGAUCCUGAUCAUCCUGUACAGUCUCUGCAAGUCCUUCGAUAUUUGUGGCCGCGUGGGAAGUGUCCGGAAGGCACUGAAAGUCCUUUGCACCACACAGACGUAUGGAGUUCGUGCUACCAGCCAGCAGUGCAGCGAGGCGGGUGACAUCUGUGCCAUUUGCCAGGCAGAAUUCAGGGAACCUUUGAUCCUUAUGUGCCAGCACGUGUUCUGUGAGGAAUGCCUCUGCCUCUGGUUUGACCGGGAGAAGACCUGUCCCCUUUGUCGGUCUGUCACAGUGGACACCCUGCGCUGCUGGAAAGACGGCACCACCUCUGCUCACUUUCAGGUGUAUUAAAACCAACAUGUUCCACCAACGCAUGGAACGACACGUUCAGAGACAAGAAAAAGCCGGAAAAUCUUGGUGUCCCCUCCACCUAUGUAGUUGCCCGUGGACUGGUUGUCUUGCUCUUUCUCCUAGCUCUGCUUCUCCUGCAGCCUGUAGAACAAUUGUUACUGGUCAGAAACAUUAUCCUAAAAGGCGAGAAAGACACUUCUCAUGUUGUGGCAACCUCCACGGUUAAACUAGAGCCAAGAUUUUUUUCUCCAUUUCUCUGUUUUCUCCAGUUUCCGUUUUUCUUCCUUUUAGUAUAGGUAAAUGUUGCAUGUAUAAGUUAAGCAUGCUGUAAUUCACCAUGGUGUAUGUAUAUCCCCAUCCACUGAGAGAAAAAAAAAAAAAAAAAAAAAAAAGCUGUUCUCUGGCUCAAACCACAGGUGAAAUUUUUCACAUUAAAUCAGCAGCCCAGCGUCCCUGAAUUUACAGCUUCACAAAAUUAUCCUGUUGCUAUCACUACCUUUGAGAACUCUUCCAAAACACUGUCUGAGCCGCACGUCCAAAUAUCUCUUUGGAGACUGGAGAACAGCAUUUCCCAGCAGCCUUGUUUUUUUGCAAUUGAUUCCAUAAAUUGUGUGUAUUGUCAUCUUAAUUGAAUGUCAAGGAAUUUGGGGAAGACCAUGUUAGUGAGUCUGGAACUGACACUUGCUUUUCUUG